UGGAGCUCAAAAAGGCGAACUGCGUGUCGUGCCGCUACAAACUGUUUCAAGGAACAACACAAAACACCAGAGCGGCGGACUCAACGGUUAACCUGCAACAGUCACCUUCAGUCACCUCAGCACCGAACGAUUCGACCGACUGCUUUAUGAUUCCCGUCGUGUUAACGGCCGUCAACCCAGAAAGAUGCCGCAGAAAGCACUGGGAUCCAUUGUAGGUCUGCUUUGUACCGGGACCUGUCUGGUGCAGGGAAAGGAGUUCUGUUCCGGGGUCAACAACGAGCAGUACCGCUGUGAGAUGGGCUACUGCUGCGGAGAGACAGAAUGCUGCACCUACUACUACGAGCUCUGGUGGUUCUGGUUGGUGUGGACCCUUAUCAUCAUGCUCAGCUGCUGCUGCGCCUACCGACACCGUCGGGUUAAGAUGCGUCUUCAGCAGGAGCAACGUCAACGCGAGAUCAGCCUCAUGGCGUACCAGGGCGCCUCCAGCUCUUUCAUUUCCCCUCCACCGCUCAAUCUACGGUUCUGGAACGACUGCAAGCUCCCUGACUACGAGGAGGUAGUAGGUCACCCCCCCACGCCACCUCCGCCGUACUCUGAGAACCCCCCGGAGGCCGCGCCAGCAUUCCUUCCUCAAGUGAGACAGCCGAGCGCCGCGGUGCCCCGCCCCCUGCCCGGGGGAGACGCGAGGGCGGACAGCCAGGCCUCGGGCGGCUCGUCGGAGCAGCAGCAGGCGGCGACGAUGUCGACCCAAGCACAAUGUCUGGUCGAGGAGAACGUGGAGGCAUCAAUGAUUGUGGAGGUUGAGGAAGAGGAGGACGAGGAGCUCGUCACUCGGCGUCGCCACGUGACCGGCGACUCGGGGAUUGAGGUGUGCGUUUGCCAGCUGGACGUGGAUGAGUGCUCGGGGCUCGAGGAGGAGAGCGACGAGGAGCACCGGCUGUGCAAGGUCACCAGUCAGGACUGCUGCUCCGGACACCAGCAGCCGCCCUUCAGGCCCAAGGAGCUCGGCGCCGAGCUGCCCGGCCAGACCGCCAGCACCAGCACGGGAGACCACAUGGUGUGAUCCAACUUAAACGGCCAACCAGCUUGGCUUUCUGCUCCACGUAGGGUGACGUCAUCGUCAUCAUCAUCACCAUCACCAUAGAGACUGUUUGUUUUCAUCCUUUUGAUCGACACAUGACAUGGUGAUGAUGACGACAACGACUAAUUCUUAACUGCUCCUGACGCGGCAACAUGAAUAACAUUGUGUGGACAAAGUCCAUUUCUUUUCGCUUUUUUCUUUUAGUGGAAAACAAGAAAACAAACAGUCUGUUUUCAUUUUUCUUAUUUUUGUUUUCUUAGUAUUUGAAUUGACGAGGGCGUCACAGAUGGUGAGACAACAACAAAUGAUUGUGACUGUUCGGCUCCGCUUUCAUGUUUCCGUUUCUGUCUCGCCGCUCUCCUUGGCCAGAGCAUCUCUGGCCCCCCCUCCAGCUGACAUUUUACCUCCGGUGGGGGGGGGGGGGGGGGGGG